GCAGCUCAGGGACUGACAGCUCAGGCUAGGUAGGGAUACAGACUUCAGGCACAUGCAUACUCCUUGCAUGCAGGCACGGAUGCAAGCACAUGCUGCUUUCACACACUGAAAUUCAAGUUAGCCCAAGAGGUAAUAAGUGAAGACAGCAAUAGUCCUGCUGCUAAAGAGCCUUCUUAAACAGAAGGCAGUGAAGGUAGAGCUCUCCAACCCCCGUUUAUAAUAAUCCGUCAGGAACAGCAUCACAGUCAUGAAUGGACCGGUGGAUGGUUUAUGUGAUUACACACUUGAUGAUGAAGGGGCUUUCAUGUUCACAUCGGAGUCCGUGGGAGAAGGACAUCCAGAUAAAAUCUGUGAUCAAAUCAGCGAUGCUGUACUAGACGCCCAUCUCAAACAGGACCCGAAUGCCAAGGUUGCUUGUGAGACAGUAUGCAAGACAGGAAUGGUGUUGCUCUGUGGGGAGAUCACUUCUCGGGCUAUUGUGGAUUACCAGCGAGUUGUCCGAGAUGCAAUUAGACAUAUUGGCUAUGAUGAUUCAGCUAAAGGCUUUGACUACAAGACUUGUAAUGUUUUAGUGGCACUGGAACAGCAGUCACCUGAUAUUGCCCAAGGUGUUCAUCUACACAGGAAUGAAGAGGAUGUUGGUGCUGGAGAUCAGGGUUUGAUGUUUGGUUAUGCAACAGACGAGACAGAAGAAUGCAUGCCCCUAACAAUUAUUCUUGCUCAUAAACUGAACGCCAGGUUAGCAGAGCUGAGGCGUAGUGGAGAACUCCCUUGGCUGAGGCCCGACUCUAAGACACAGGUGACAGUUCAGUACAUGCAGAAGAAUGGGGCGGUGAUCCCCGUGCGUGUUCACACCAUCGUCAUCUCGGUGCAGCACGAUGAGACCAUUUCCCUGGAGAACAUGCGCAGGACCCUGAAGGAACGGGUGAUCCAAGUUGUUGUCCCUGCCAAGUACUUGGAUGACAAAACUGUUUAUCACCUUCAGCCCAGUGGACGUUUUGUUAUCGGAGGGCCUCAGGGUGACGCCGGUGUCACCGGGAGGAAGAUCAUCGUGGACACCUACGGCGGCUGGGGAGCGCACGGCGGCGGGGCCUUCUCCGGCAAGGACUACACCAAGGUGGACAGGUCGGCCGCCUACGCCGCCCGCUGGGUGGCCAAGUCCCUGGUGAAAGCUGGCCUCUGUCGCCGCGUUCUGGUUCAGGUUUCUUAUGCCAUUGGGGUUGCUCAUCCACUGUCUAUUUCACUGUUCACUUACGGAACUUCCCAAAAAACAGAGAAAGAGCUGCUGGACAUUGUGCACAAAAACUUUGAUCUUCGGCCUGGAGUCAUUGUCAGGGACCUGGAUUUAAAAAAGCCCAUUUACCAGAAGACUGCAUGUUAUGGUCACUUUGGAAGACAGGAAUUCUCAUGGGAAGUGCCUAAAAAACUUGUGUUUUGACAUUAGUGACAUGUCACCUUUUAAAACCAGAAAGGAAGACCACUAAUGAUGAGGAUGCUUUGGAAAAUCAAAUUUGACAGCUUUAUAUUCAACAUAAGGAAUUUUAGAUUUUAAAAGGAAAGAAAGAAAAGGUUAUUUUCUUGGAAAUUGAUUUUUUUUUAACCCUCAGUGUCUUUCAUUACCUAAGAUAUAAUGGACAGAGUCUGUUUUUUUAAUCAGCAUAAGACAACAAAAUACAGUUUACUUUUAACUGCUGCUCUGUUGGUUCUUUGGAUACAGACAAAGUGUGACUCAGGUACUCAAUCCAAAAGCUGAACCUCAAACCUUUGAUGGGCAAAGGUGAAGAUGACUUUCCCAACUCUGACUAAGGAUCAGCAGAUCUGUUGCUUCUGAUUAGACAAUGGGAAAUUCCGGGGUCCAAUUUCCUUACUGGAGUUAGCAAUGCAUACAGCUGGGGGCUGCUUUGGUGGGAGAAGGCUGAAUAGCACCUAACAGUAUCUUUGCCUCUUUUAUAAAAGAUGUUAAGAUAUAUGUAAUAUUUAAAUCACCUUCAGUGCGUAUGUGCCGUUACUGUCGCGUUUCAAUUGCCUGUGUUUUUGAAACAUAAGUGCUCUCCUAUGACACAACAAUCAUAGAAUAAAAAGCUUUUUCCUACCAUGUA